AUGGAAGAUGGGCCCCCCGCUAUGGAACUGGCCCCGACGCCUCCCGUCUGCCACCUGAAUGGCCACUGGCACUACCAGUUCCGGAUCAUCCUGCUGGGGGAUUCCACCGUCGGCAAAACCUCCCUUCUGAGACGCUACACGGAGAGAUGUUUCAUCCCGGCCCUCUAUCCCACGGUGGGCGUGGAGUUCUACAGCAAGAUGAUGGAGCUGCCUCCAGGCGUGAAGGUGAAGCUGCAGCUGUGGGACACGGCUGGCCAAGAGAGGUUCAGGUGCAUCCCCAGGUCUUUCUACCGAAACGCAGUAGGUGUGCUUUUGGUCUUUGAUAUGACCAGUCGGAGGUCCUUUGAGAACAUCUUCGAGUGGUACAAUGAAGUCACCAAUGCCCAAAUGAUGGAGAAAGUAAUCUUCCUCCUGAUUGGCCACAAGAGUGACCUGCAGUCAAACAACAGGGUCUCCUUUGAGGAAGCAGAAGGCUUGGCCAUUUCUCUGGGCACUCACUUCAUUGAAACAUCUGCUAAGGACAACGUCAACGUGGAUUUGGCUUUUGAAACCAUAACCAAGAUUAUCUAUGAGGCUCUGCUCAACAAGGAGAUUGAUUUGCAUGAAGGAUGGGAUGGAGUUAAAGUCAUUCAUAAGCAGACAAAGAGCAAACCUCAGAAGAGGCAGAAGCCAUCGGAAGGGAAAUGCCAAUGUUAA